AUCACUGAAAUCUCUUCUAUAGAGAGGACACUGAGCCUAGGAACUGCUCUACACUCACUGACCAGACAUCAUGUCUCCUUCCAGCAGCCCUCUACUGCACGGUGCUGACCGCCAACUGACCCACCAACCCAGAAAAUUGAGAAAGCCCGCCAUUGAGAAGAUGCGGAGAGAUCGCAUUAACAGCAGCAUCGACCAGCUGCGUCUCCUACUGGAGAAAGAGUUCCAGAAACAUCAAUUGCCCUCCAAACCGGAGAAGGCCGACAUACUGGAGAUGACGGUCAACUUCCUGCAGCAGCAAAUGGCUAAGAAAAAUGUGACAGCCACCUCCAUCCAAGCCCAUAGAGAUGGCUACACCACCUGCUUCCAGAACUCGGUGAACUUCCUAUCCCUGCACACACAGACAGACCCUCAACAGCAGCUGCUUCAGAACCUCCAUGGGGCUCAGAUGGUGACCUGCCCUCCAUGUCCUUCUGUAUUCCCCAUCUCACAGACCCCCAGCAAGAACAGCCCUCCAGACAGCAGCAAAACCCUAUGGAGACCCUGGUAGAGACUUGUCUCCACUUCUCAGGACUGUGAGCUGAGUACAUAGAGUUGGGUGUACAAGAAGCAUACCUGACCUGACAGCUGUACAUGGGGAUCUGAUCCCUAUCAUUAAUAUCCUAUUAUAAGGAUAGAGUGUACGCUUAUUAUGAAGUGGCUGUAAUCACAAUGUGACUUGAUCAUAGGUAUGCACAGCCUAUAGCAUUAGGGUGUACUGUACACAUAUUGUAUGUGUAUGUGUGUUAAUAUACUGACUGUGUCAGUAGAGCAACGAACAGUGCCAGUAGGGCAUUGGAUGUUGUCAGUGGGUUUUAUUUCUGUUGUUUUACAUUUUUACAAAUUUAUUUUAAAUGAUUUCUAAAAAAAUCUUUUAGUAGUCCCAUAAGGGUGCUUUGGUGAAAUAUCUGGGGUUUAUACAGGGCGAAUCUGCGCCACACAGGGUGAUUAGGGUGUGCCUAGGCACACCUGGCACACCCUGUGCGCACGCCUAUGCACCUGAUAUUACUGCUUGUUAUAUAUUGGGAGCAGAUCACAGCUCUGCUGCGUUCCUAUAUGGAAUUUUUGUAUAUCUGUCCAUAUA